CGGCGUGUUCAACUUAAGGGGCGGAGCCUCACCUCUCUUGACUGCUACUGUAGUGUAAAGUCGCUUUUUGGCGUCUUUGGCCGCUGCUGCAAACCGACAGCCUCCAUCCAACCCGCAGCAUGUUGUUGCCUUUGGUCAGUCGGUGGACAGCGGGCCUAUGGCACGGCCGGACUAGGACGUCGUGGUGUGCGGCCGCCGCGCUCCGAGGUUCCAGGGUCAUCCUCCGGCGUGCGGCCUUGCGCACUGAGCCCGCGCGACUGCGGAGCGGCGUGCUCCUGCCGCUAGCCGAGCCUUUGGGGUCACCCCGGCGAGCGCAGAUACCUGUUUGUUGGAGACCAUGUGUCUGCCUCUUACAUACACAAGUUGGUAAACCAGAAGAUGGCAGGCUGAUUUAUACUGGGAACCUGGCCCGGACAGUAUUUGGUGUGAAAUGUUUCUCUUAUUCUACAAGUGUGGUCAGCCUUGCAUUCUUACCGUACCUUCUCUCACAAAGUAACAUGAUGUUUGGAAGUCUGCCUUUGCAAGUCUUAUUUUAUGGAGUCAUGGGGAGCUUCACGGUGAUCACUCCCACGCUGCUUCACUUUCUUACAAAAGGCUAUGUCAUUCGGUUGUACCAUGAAGCCACAACAGAUACUUACAGAGCCAUUACUUACAAUGUUGUGCUUUCAGAAAGCAGCACAGUGUUUCACCAGGGUGACGUGACAGUUCCAGAGAGUACACACAUAUUUACCACCUUUUAUGCUAAAACGAAAUCGCUAUUGGUUAAUCCAGCACUCUUUGUAAACCCUGAAGACUAUAACCAUCUAAUGGGUUAUGACAAACCAUUCACUUUUGAUAUGGAAGAAGUCAAUGAAAAGAAACUGCACGAGGGUGAGAAAUGAACCUGUUCUUUGUCUGUGCUUAAAUGUCAUGCAUUUUCAGCUAACAAUAAUAAUAGUAUUGCCUUUAUUUUGUUAUUGUUUUCUAGUGAGUGAUUGUUAAAAACAUAAAACAAGUAUAAGUAAGGGCUAAGGACGCAGUAGUUGGUACUGUGUUUGCCAUAUGUGAGGCCCUAGGAUCGGCCUUCAUUUACCCAGUGUGCUUUUGUACACCUAUAAUGCCAGCACAGCGGACAUGGAGGGAGGAAGAUCAGAAAUUUGUCAUCCUUGGUUAUGUAGUAGGUCUGAGGUCAACCUGGACCUUGUCUUAAAAACAGAAAUUGAAACUAUCGUGUAGAAUUUUGAAUAAUUUUUACAUGACAAUGUUCCUAUGUAAUAAAAUAUGUUUAAUUAAGAACAAGUUGUCUUUGUUUAAAAUGUGGAUGGUCAUGUGUAUUCUGGUAUAUGUAUGGCUACAUUUAUUUGCUGAUAUUGCUUUUAGAGAGAAUCUCACUAUGUAAGCUGAAUGUCUGGAACUUACUGUGAAUUAAUAGAGACCAGAGAUCUAUCCUCUUCUGUGUGUGCCAAUACAUCUGGGCCACGAAUGGAUAGAGUAACAGUAGGUGCCUAGGACUGGAGAGAUGGCUCAGCGGUUAAGAGCACCCGACUACUCUUCCAGAGGUCCUGAGUUCAAUUCCCAGCAACCACAUGGUGGCUCACAACCAUCUAUACUGCGGUCUGAUGUCCUCUUCUGGUGUGUCUGAAGACAGCUACAGUGUACUCUACAUAAAAUAAAUAUUAAAAAAGGUAUGCCACCACUA